AUGCUGCUGAAAGCACCGCUGAAAUUUUGGUUUUUGUUUGUCAUCACCAGAAUUCUGAGACUCUGGCCAGCAUACGCCGUAUCGCUUUCUAACUACACAUUUCGUUGGUCUGAACUUUCAAUCAGUUCUCGUUGGCCUAGCAAUUUCGUCUCUGCACCCUGUACAAAUGACUGGUGGAAAAACUUGCUGUUUCUAAAUGGUAUCUGGGAAAGUUCUUGUAUGCCAUGGACCUGGUAUUAUGUUUCAUUCCAGCUAUUUUUAGUGUUAUCAUGUAUUGGUCUGAGUAAUCGUAAUUUUUGCGCUUUGAUCAGACAAAAAAAGUUUCUUGGUACCCUGGUUGUAUUUUCACUUAUCACGCCUUUAUAUCUGUAUAUAUUCAAGAAAACAUUCUUAUUUGGCGUAUUUUUUUCAUGUGUGACCAUUCUAGUUUCAUCUUUAAUGAAUAUAUGGGCUAUAAUUGAGUACAAAUUUCCUCCAUUGUUCAUCCCAUUUGACAAGCCACCAAAACCUUAUGUUGAUAAUCUAGCAGAGCAAAAUGCUACUGUAUACAUACGUCCGGAAUAUCGGAUUGGACCUUAUAUGGUUGGAAUUAUAGCGGGUGGACUAAUAGUUUUAACAAAAGUACGUAAUUGGAAGAUGACUAGGUUGAAUGCUGCUUUCGGUUGGACAGUAGCGAGUGUAGUUGGUUUCUGCGCCAUUUAUGGCUCAUAUCCAAUUGUGCAGGACUGGAAAUGGAAAUAUUAUGACCUAAUCUAUGGAGGAUUUCAUCGUACGCUUUGGUCAGCAUACGUUGCGUGGGUUGUUUAUGCUUGUCAUCAUGGAUAUGGCGGAAUAAUCAAUCGCAUGUUAUCAUCACCAAUGUUUAUUCCACUAUCAAAUAUAUCUUACUCGGUUUAUUUACUGCAUCCAAUAGCAGCAAUUGGAAUUCUAGACACCAAAAAUGUUCCGUAUAUUUAUCCAAGGAAGUUAGGAAUGGUUACUGUUUAUAUCCCAGUUGUACUUUUGGCAUUGUUCAUUGGAUUAGUAACUGCGCUUUUUGUUGAAUACCCAUGUGAUAAUCUUGUCAAGGCAUUUUUACUAAACAAAACUGCUCCUAAAAAGGUGGCAAAACGAAAGACUCAGGAGCAAAUGUUAACAAUGGAAUUAAAAUAA